AGUCCACAUUCAGCCACCAACGGGGUGUGAUAGAGGUGCAAAAGUUAAAAAAAAAAUCAACGCAAAAAAGAUCUUUUUGUUGUGGCCUGUAGAAAGUUUUCCUUUGGAUUUUUAGUGUUGCAAAUUUAUUCCAUUUCUGUGAGUUUUUCCGCCGGGACUUUUCUCCAAGAACCGCCACCGUGUGCGGGUGAAAGUGACGCGCAAUCAGACACGGACUAUAUAAUUUCCAUCCUGCAACAAUGCCGAAUGAUGGGGAACAUUCAGGGAGUGAGGGCAGAUUCAGUCCUGCCGUAUACCCAAAUUUGGAUUCAGCGGGGCAGGACAAUGUCAUCGAAAUGACCGAAAAAGCCACAAAUGGUGAUCCAAGGAAGGGACUCAGCUUAACAAUACCCACCCUACAGGUGACCCAGGAUGACGAUGAUGGGGAACAGGAGCGCAAUGGGGGGAUCUACAGGAAGCACCCACGCCCAAUCAGUUCCAGCAGCAACAUUGAUGGCUCAAAUAAAUCCCCAAGCCCCUAUGCACCGCGUAUGUGGAGCUACAACCGUGGCAUCUCCUACCAACCAUCCGUACGAUCUUCACACUCAGCCUCCGACAUGGACCAUCUCAUCCCACCACCAUCUACAGACAGAGAAAAAUCAAAAAUGACCAGACGAUACUUUGCCACGGUGUUUGCCCUUUGCUAUGCAAUCUUCCUGGUUAUCUUUGGUAUUGUUGUCUUUGUCGGUGAUGCCGUUGAGACGCAGUAUCCCCUAGGAGAGGCUUUUGGAAUUUACAUGCUGAGCGUGGGCUUUAUCUAUUUCUUUGGGCUCUACAUUGAUAUUCGGUUGCACAUUAAGAAAGCCAAGGAAACAGUGAAGAGUCGUGAGAAGCGUCAAGCACUCUUUGAGGAGCACCUGAAGAAGCUUCAAAAUGAAACAGGACCCCUUGAAUUGGAAUCAACAUCAGCUCCUGUGUGGGAUAUUGAACCCGUUGCACCCCUUAGUCACAAAUACUGCUUCCAAACGGGACGUCAUGGAGAGUUGUUCUACCUCAAGCUAGGAGCAGCGUGGUUCUGCUUUGGUCUCCUCAUCCACUCAAUUCUCAUUGUCAGCUACCAAGUAAUCUUCAUGACGGCCGUUGAACCAGACUUUCACAAAUGUGCCUCAGUACUAACUCUCGUGCUGGAAAUUAUGUUUCCCCUGUACAGCAUCUUUGUUCUCUUCUUCGUCUUCAAGUAUGCAAAUGUGAUCAUAAAUCAGGGUAGAGGCCUUGCGAGAUUCUUCCUUAUGCACGCAAUUGGAACCUCAUUGGCUUUCUGGGUGUACACAAUUGUACGCGAAACAGUGGAUGCAAUCAGGCUUAAGUACCUGGAUCAGGAGAAUCAAGCCACAGCUGAAGGAAAUCACACGCACCUCAUUUCAAUUCAAGAUGCAAUUGAAUGUCCAGCUCCUGAAGAACUCAACUCUAUUUUCCGCAACUUCUCACCCUACCUCUAUCCAUUUGUCAUUGAAUUUUGCAUCUUAAUCGCCGGUAUUUACUACAUCAUCUGGGCUAAUAUCAGCAAAUGCCCAAAGAAGCACUCAGUGGCAGGUCAUAGCCAUGAUCCAAAUGACCAUCAUGAUGCCAAACACAUGGGAAAUGGGAGUAUUCCGAGCCCGAGUGAAAUGGCCAAGUCUCCCAAUAUGGAUAGUGUAAGCAUGUCUGAGCAUUGCGCUGAAAUAGACCAUGAGAUGUCCUUCAAGAGCAAUAUCAUCGUCCACGCUGACUGUCAUGCAGCUAGUCGUGGUCUCUUUGGUGGAAUGGUUCUCAUUGUUCUCACAAUUGCUGUCAUUAUUCUAUUCUUUGUUGCCGUAACGAAUGACGAUUACUUCGACAUCGGAGUCAUCAUGAAUUCUAGCUUUGAACUAGCAGUCUUGAUACUUAUGAUCAUUAUCGUCAUAGCUGCCUACUUCCAAACAUCCAAGCUUGACGUCAACACCCAUCCAAUGUCAAUGCUAGACGAUGUUCUACUCUUCAUCGCCAUCCCAGCUUUCUUCCUUGAGACAAUCUUCAGCAUGGUACCGGCUAUCUACAACGUAUCAGUCCUCAAUAUCUGCAUCAUCCUCAGUCAACUCAUACAAAUUCUCAUUCAAACCCCCUUCAUAAUUGACGGUAUGCGAAGGUGCUCGAAUGCAGCGAUAAAUCGCAGAAAGAAACCCGGACGGGAGCUCAUUACCUUCCUCACCAUUGCAAAUGUCUCCCUGUGGAUCUACUACACAUUCUCCGUGAAGACCGAGUACACGGGCGAUGAAAGAUACGCUUUCUACGGCUAUACACUGUGGUCCAUCCUCAACCACUUGUCAUUGCCACUGAUUAUGUUCUAUCGCUUCCACGCAUCCGUAUGUCUCGUGGACAUUUGGAGGCACGCAUAUGAGCCAGGAGGUGGCCACUAAUUGAUUUAUUCCCUCGCACUGUACCCACUUACCCAACGCACUCACACACACACACACCAAAUACCUGAUUUAAUCCACAAAUCACACAAUUAGGUCACUCAUCCUUGGCAAAACCACCCCUCACCCCACACACACUUCCCCAGAGGGCGCGUGAAAAAAAAAGAACGAUGCAAACCCAUUAUCAUUAUGGAGCCCUGCCAGGCAGCAAAUAGAUGAGGAUGAAAUAACAAUUUUCCACACGAGGGAAAAUUUGUCCAUUUCGAGAGUGCACCACCAGCCACCCUCUUUUUGUCAUUAAAUGCCCUGCAUGUGCGUCAGUGAACGCACAUUGGACACAUGGUUUUAAUGAUGCCCCCUUCAUUGAUAUUAGACAUCGUAGCACCAUCAUUAAAAUGUAUGUAAAACGCAUGAAUUUUAUUAAAAUUAAAAAAAAACUCUCCGAAUGCUUUGUGAAUGUUCUGUGUAGACAUUAGAAGAUUUUAAAAUAAAUUUCUCUUCAAAA